AUGGCCAAUAACGCUGCUCUUCAAGGAAAGUUCAUUCCACCACCUCAGUGCCAGAACAGAGAAGAGUACCAGAACGUGCCAGAACAGAGCCUUGAACGUUGGGGCACAAAUAAAGACAGGGACAACCUUACAGAAAGAUUUCAAGCCUUAGGGUUUGAAGUACACUGUCACAAUAACAAAAAAAAGGCAGACGUGCUAAAGGAAAUACGUAAAGCUGCCACAGCCAACCAUGCAGAUGCUGACUCUUUUGUUUGUAUUUUCCUGAGUCAUGGGGAUGAAGGGGAAAUCGAAGCCUGUGAUGCUAAGAUUAAAAUAUUAAAAAUUAAAAAUAUAACAGAUUUCUUUAGAGGGGAUGAGUGCAAGAGCCUUGUAGGGAAACCCAAGAUCUUCAUCUUCCAGGCAUGUGCUGGUAACAAAUAUGAAGAUGCCGUGACGGGCAUGAUGGCAGGGUACAGUGAUGAUGAAGUGGUGGAGGAAGCAGCUAACAUCUACACCAUCCCAGCAGGGGCAGAUUUCCUCAUGUGCUACUCAGUAGCACCAGGAUUUGUUUCAUUUCGUAAUGAAAUUCAUGGUGGGCUAUACAUUCAGGAUUUAUGUACAACACUGCAACAGCACGGUUCAACUAUUGAGUUUACCGAGCUCCUAACAUUGGUCAACCUGAAGGUUUCCCAGCAUACUGCAAACGGGGAUGGUUUUAAGAAUGAAAAACAGAUGCCCUGUUUCACCUCCUUGCUGACUAAAAGACUCUAUUUUAGGCCCAAGAAUUUGUAA